AAUCAAUGAAUCAAAACAUAUUUAUCGAAAAUUUGGAUUUGAAAUUCCACCUCUUAAAAAAUUAAUGGUACAGAGUACAAGUACAAAAAUAUUCUCAAAGUACUGACAUACAUGAUAAUAUAUUCAAUGAAUAGUUUAUUUUGAGGACAAUUCAGCAUUACAAAAAAACUGAUAAUGGCACUAAAUUCCAAAAUACCAAAAAUAGCAAAGCAAAUACAAAUAGCAACAAGAUCAUAUUCUGAGCAAUUACCUAAAAUUACAACUCACUACACCAUUCAUCCAAGGGAACAAGAUCCACGAUGGAAAGAUGUGAAUAUGGAAAGAUUUGCCGACGAAACAGACAUACUGAUCAUAGGAGGGGGCCCUGCUGGCAUGAGUGCUGCCAUCAGAGCCAAACAAUUAGCUGAGAAAGAUGGAAGAGAGCUUAGAGUAUGUCUGGUUGAAAAAGCUUCAGAAGUUGGAGGUCACAUACUGUCAGGAGCAGUUAUACAACCCACUGCUCUAGAGGAGUUGAUACCUGAUUGGAAAGAACAAGGAGCCCCUCUGAAUACUCCUGUUACUGAGGAUAAGUUUGGUUUUCUGACUGAGAAAGGAAGAAUCAACAUACCAGUUUUCAAGGGCCUUCCGAUGGACAACCACGGCAACUACAUCGUCCGCCUGGGUCACGUGGUGCGGUGGCUCGGCACCGUUGCCGAGUCGCUCGGCGUCGAGAUCUACCCAGGCUAUGCCGCCUCCGAGGUGCUCUACCAUGGCGACGGCAGCGUGAAGGGCGUCGCGACGAACGACGUCGGCGUCGCUAAAGACGGUUCUCCGAAGGGCAGUUUCGAGAGGGGCAUGGAGUUGCACGCGAAGUGUACGAUUUUUGCUGAGGGGUGUCACGGACACCUGGCCAAGCAGGUGAUUGGCAGGUUCGGGCUGAGGAGCGGUUGCGAGGCUCAGACCUACGGUAUAGGCCUGAAAGAAGUAUGGGAAAUCGACCCCUCGAAACACUCCCCCGGUCGAGUAGAGCACACCUUCGGCUGGCCCCUCGACCCCCACACGUACGGGGGCUCCUUCCUCUAUCACCUCAACGAACCCACCCCCCUGGUGGCGGUGGGGUUCGUUGUGGGGCUCGACUACACCAACCCCUACUUGAGCCCCUUCAGGGAGUUCCAGCGCUUCAAGCACCACCCCUCGGUGAGGGGGUAUUUCGAGGGGGGUAGUAGGAUCGCGUACGGGGCCAGGGCUCUCGUGGAGGGGGGAUAUCAAAGCAUCCCGAAGCUGAGUUUUCCAGGAGGGUGUCUAGUCGGCGAUACGGCAGGAUUCCUGAACGUGCCGAAAAUCAAAGGAACCCACAACGCGAUGAAGAGCGGCAUGGUGGCAGCGGAGAGCGCCUACGAAGCCAUCAACUCCGAAAAGCAAGCCACCGAGGGCUUCGAACCCGCUUCUUACGAGGACAGGAUGAAGAGUAGCUGGGUGUGGAAAGAACUGAAAGCUGUGCGGAACAUUCGGCCGAGUUUUCAUAAUCCCUUGGGACUGUACGGGGGGCUGGUUCACAGUGGGGUGUCGAUCGCGCUGGGCGGACGAGAGCCGUGGACGUUGAAACACGGAGAUCCCGACCACAAACGCCUCAAACCGGCGAAAGAGUGCACGCCGAUCGAGUACCCAAAACCGGACGGCAAGAUCAGCUUCGACCUGUUGACCUCUGUGGCCCUAACGGGAACCAAUCACGAGGGCGACCAGCCGCCACACCUGACCUUGAAGGACGAUUCGGUGCCGGUCGAUGUUAACCUGAAGGUGUUCGAUGGACCCGAGAGCAGGUUCUGCCCGGCCGGUGAUGGUAAAAAGGAACCAGAUUGUUCUACUGGAUCAUGGAAUGAUGGAAGUCUACGACCAGGGGAUAUUAGAAAAUCGAAGCAAAUGAAAAUCCGACCAUCAGGAAGCAAUAACAUACCACCCCAGGUUAUGACACCACACAGCCUGGAGCGGCGAACGAGACGAAUCCAAAAAAAUUCGAAAUGCGUUUUUGCGCCAAAUGCUAUAUCGAGUUACUGGCUGCUUUCAUGUACUCCGUGUCUUGAGACCACCUGUUAGAUACCAACACCUGCUGGGCCAGGUGAUUCAGCAGGACAAAGUAAUAGAGUCUCAACGGAAAAAGUCGCGUACCUACCUCUCUCUGUAUACGUUCUACUGGGAAACGAACGACCGCCCGUGUCACCAGAAGAAGACAAACAUCCUCAAGUCAGCUGGCAUCGGAGACAAACAAGGUAUAACUGUCGACAACCAUUUUUUUCAUUAUUAUUUAGGCCACUCGUUACGCUUUUUACAUUUUUUGAAGUCCCCGAAAAAAUAACUGACGUUUUAUAUUUUUCCGAACUUUUCUCGCUAUUAUAUUCCGCUUGUUUUCGAGCAUCAAUAGAAUCGAUCGUUUUCACAGUGCAUCCUGUAUUACAGAUACGUCAAUAGGCUACUCUGAUAUUGUAUUUUUCACAUUCAACAAUAACAGUUUGUUAAGAACGUCAACAGAUUUUGCAUACCAUUUAAAUGUGUUUUUGCUUUGAUUAGUCGCACUGAGAAGAUAAUCCACCACCAUGUAAAAUGUUGAAGCCAAAUUUGGGCGGCGCAAGCGAAAAAUAUGGCGUAUUUGUUAAUACUCUCGGAAUCUGCUCGAGUCAUCAAUCUGCAAGUUGCUGAACUAUCUAGUAAUAUCCUUCUUUCUGAAGCAGGAAAAUCACUAACUUUGAUAUUUUGUAGGCUUUUGAAUAAUAAAAAUAUUUUAAUCCGGUCCUAUAAUGCAACAUUUUACUUGCAUAAGAACAUCUAAAAAUAAAUUUCAAAUUAAAUCUGCAUUACCGAUCUCUACCCUUCGCUACUCAACAAAAAGUAUUUCACCUUGCCGCUCAUAGAUACCGCCACCCACUGAAAAGAAUUUCUGGCUUAAUUGCUCUAAUAAGAGUGGUUCAUUGCAAAUUAUAAGGAAAUGGCCGGAAAUGCGUUGUCCAUAGUUGAUAAAAACUACGGCCUGAAGACGAUGCCGAGAACGAUGCUAUUCUGCCAACCGAUAUCGAUGUUGAUGACGUCAAUUGUUAAUUGCCCGUUGCCAAGUCAUCGAAAUAUCCCUAGUAUCCCUUCGAUUUUUAGGGUGAUAUAAUAUGGGAUAAAAUUGAUGCGACAACAUCAGGAAACAAUAUACAUUCAAUGGAUGUUGGAUGCCCUAGGUAUAUAUAAAAAAAAACAUGGCAAGAUAUAUUUCCUAAUUAAAAUGGAAUAUUUCCUUAUUUUUUUCGAUUUUUGAUGAAAACUAUGUAUAAAUAUCAUUUGAUGCAAUCAUUCGUUAUUUAAAAUCAUCGCAAACAUUUUUUUUGAGAAUGAAAUUUGGCACCUUCGAAAAACGCCAGCUUCGAUGACUUCAUGAAUCGAACCGAAAGUCAUCGUUAUCUGAAAUGUGGCUUUCGCUUAAAAAGUGGGGCCACAUAUUUCGACGCUGCCAGAUUUGUUACUAGUAAUCACCUUAUGAGAUUCAUUAUGACCAAUGACAAUAGUAUUCACUUUCACAGACAAUAAACAAUAGUUCGACCUGGUUCCUAACAAUCACUAAUUGAAUACUUAUAUACUAGCAAGAUGCUUCACCAAUAAAAAUAUCCUAGUAUUCCUAAUAAUGAUCGGAAUUUCAAUUAAAUCCAGAUUAUUUUGUGGCAGGAAUACAAGACAUCUUGUCAUGAUGCGAAUAUUCAAAGAUAUUGCUUUUAUUAUCUGAUUCUUCCGUUGUGUGACAAUCAGAAACACCCUUGCAUUUGUCUUACAUAAAUAGAUAAUAGAUACGUAUGUCGAAUGUUUUCGGAUGAUUACGUCACGCGUUUUUCAUGUUAUGAAAUAUAUCGUGAAACAGAGCUCUGGCGAAAAAGCGGUAUGCGAUAGUGAACUAGUUAGGGUUAGUACUUCCGUACUUCGAAAUAAUGAAAUAAAAUUUGUCACUGAAACAGGCCCAUUUCUGUUAUUUCCAGAUAUAUUAUACUUUGAUAUCUGGCAACUGUGUGUUUCAGUCACUCUGCCGUGAUGUCAGUAGUUAUGGGCUAUAUUCCGAAUUCAACUGGUCAGUACUGUCAGUAGAUCCACUGAAUCUGCUGAAAAUCUGUGUUCC